GGUGAAACAUGGUCGGGUGUUUGCCUCGAAACGAGUCACUUGCACAUCUUGUACGUAUGUAGGCUUUCGUGUACCAGACUACUCCAGAAUCCAGCAUGUCGGGCAGCGAAGACGACUUGGAGUUUCGUAUCAAUACGAAAUUUGCCGAAAAUUACGAUAAAUGGAGGAGAAAGGAAGAGCUGCAAAAAUUAAAAGACAGAUACGGGGAGAACUUUGCUGAAGAAUCUUCCAGUUCGUCAUCAGAAGAGGAAGAUGAGGAUGCGGAGGGUCUUACAGCACAAAUUGAGAAAGACUUCUUGAAGACACUGUCCUAUGUCAAGAGCAGAGAUCCACGGAUAUACGACAAGGAUGCAACGUUCUAUCAUGAACAGGAAUCGUCGUCUGAUGGAAGCUCUGGUGGAGAUGCCCCGCCCACAAAGAAGAAGAAAGAAAAGGGGAAACAAGUAAAGGAAGACAAACCGGUCUUCCUGAAGGACUACGAGCGCCAGAUUAUCACGGAGAAGGGUGGUCGCUAUAGCGAUGAAGAAUAUGAGGAGGAGGAGGAUGAGGAACAGUUUGGAAGAGCAGCGUCUCUGACCUACGUCCAGGAACAAAGAGCGAUCAAGGACAGUUUUCAAAAGGCAUUGCAGAGCAGCGACGAAAGCGAUGAUGAUAUCCUCUUGAAGAAGAGGCCGAAAACACCCAGAGAGAGGAAGGCAGAAGAGGAGGAGUACAUCCAGUGGAUGAAAGGACGGAAGGAGACGGUGGACGAUGAGAAGACAGCUCAAGAUGCAGCAGAGAUGGAAGCUUUGAAAAGAUACUGGACCGAUCCAUCUCUGGAGGAGGGGGAGAAAUUCUUACGCGACUUCAUUCUGAACAAAGGGUACAAGGCGAAAGAUGAGGAGGGAGAUGAGCCCGGCAUUGAGCUAGAGGAGGCAGAUUUCUCGGAGGAGGAACGUCUUCUAGACACCCAGGAUGAAUUUGAGAGGAAAUACAACUUCCGUUAUGAGGAACCAGAUUCAGAAUUUAUCAAACGCUACCCACGGACGAUGGCCAGCUCGGUGCGAGUCAAGGACAACAAGAGAGCCGUUAAGAGACAGGAUAGGAAGGAGAGAAAACAACAGGAUAAGGAACGUAAAAAGGAGGAGCUGAAACAGCUGAAGAAUCUCAAGAAGCAAGAAAUCCUGGACAAGUUGGAGAAGCUACGUCAAGUGACGGGCAACACUGCCGUCGGCUUUGAGGACAUGGAUCUAGAAGGGGACUUUGAUCCGGAGCAACACGACAACGCCAUGCAGAAAAUUUUCAGUGAGCAGUAUGACGCCUUGCCUGAGGAAGACACAAAGCCUGAAUUUGAGCAUGAAGACUGGGAGGAUGAGAAUUGGGAUGAUUGGGAUGGCCAGGACUAUGGAGAGGAGGAAUAUUAUGAAGGAGGCGAGGAAGAGCAAUACUGUGAAGACCCAGAUUUUAACAUGGAUGCAGAUUAUGACCCGUCUCUCUCCAAGCAAGCCAACAUGGAACGCAGGGCUGCCUUGCAGCAGGAACUGAUCGGUUCGUCCAAGAAAAAGAAGAAGAAGAAGUUGUCUAAGUUUGCUGAGGUCUUGAAGACCAAGAAACCUGUCUUCAAUCCUGAUGACAGAACUUACGAGGAGUACAUCGAGGAGUUCUACAAGUUGGACUAUGAGGACAUGAUCGGGGACAUUCCUUGCCGAUUCAAAUAUCGUAAAGUUGUCCCCAACGACUUUGGCUUGACCACGGAGGAGAUACUGUCAGCUAAGGAGAGAGAGUUGAACCAAUGGGCCUCACUCAAGAAAACCUGCCAGUACAGAACGGAAGAAGAAGAGGAAAGAGACAGGAGGAUCUUUGCCAAGAAAGCCCAAAAUGAAGCCAAGAAGCGACGGGUCUUCCUUAGUCUCUUGGAGAAACCGAGUGACAGUGAAGACAGUGGAGAUGAAACAAAACCAAAGAAGGUGUCCAAUACUGCCAGCAAACAGCCCACGUCCCAAACCAAAAAGUUAGGAAGGAAAACUGCAAAGGCUUCAACCAUUCCCAGCUCACCCGAGAAGCAAAAAUCUGAGCCAGGCAGUCCAUCUAAAAAGGUCAAAACAGACCCAUCUUCUACCAGGAGCAGUGGCAGAUCAGUUAACAGAAACCUUGAGGAAGCACCAAAGUCAGAAACAAAUUCAACGGGAGUCCAAAACCCAGCGAACCUUGAAAACGUCUCUAAGAAAAAGGGCACAUCGAAGAAGACUAGAAAGGCCUCAAAGGGAACUGAUCCUAAACCAGACUCAUCCAAGUCAACAAUUCCCACUGAGAAAAGCACCAGGGGUAAUACCAGGGGAUUCAGCACUUCAAUAAAACAAAGAGUGGACGUUGUGAAGAACGAGAAAUCUGAGCAAUCUGGUAACAAAGACGUCCAUGGAGAAAGGACAAAUGCUGCAAAGCCUCUUAUAAAGAAACGGAAAAGGAAAAGGAGUCAUAGUGAGGACAAGCCUAAACUCAAGAUUAUUGACGCUUACGCUAGUGAAAUUUUGGACAUUCCUGGUCUGUCCAACAUCAAGAAGAAUGCUGCAUCACGCACUGAUCCCACCUCUGCCACCAAAACCAGCGAUAACACACAUAGGACAGAGAAAAACCAGAAAACAAAAGUGGGAAAAACUCAGAACAAUUCAGACAUGGAUACCAAAAGCAAAGCAAGUAUUCAUUUGGAACCACCUCAAACAGAUUUGCAAUCUCCAGGCAGGACUGACUCGAAGAAGCGGAAAAGGAAACGGAAAAAUAGUGAGCAGCAGUCUGAACCAACUCCAAAGCAGAGCCACAAAGAAACCCAAAACAACAAGCACAAUGUUUCUGAAACCAUCUCAUCGAAACCAUCCACGGAAACAACUCCAAGGAGCAAGUCGGACUUCGCAAGCAUCAAGCAAAAGCUCAAAAAGAAGCCACUGACGAUGGAAUCCACAAAGAAAGACCAAGCAUCCAGUAAAGUUGUAAAAGUUUCAGACGGAAAAGGCAAAGAUGCCUCCAAGAACAUUCAGCCUGCAUCAGCAGCGUCACCUUCAUCUAAGAAGAAACAGAGCAAGAAACAAAGCGCUCAGCAGAUUUCAGCAGCCGCAGCAGCCAGCGGCACCUCCAAAAGCAACAGGACUCGCAACAAGAACCGCAACAGGAGACUCGCAAAGAAACAGAAAUCACCCCAAGCUGUGACGGGUACCACCGUUUCUGACGCUAGACUCAAAGCGUACGGGAUCAAUCCUAGAAAGCACGGAUACAGAAUGAAGUACUUGAGAGAACAAGAAGCCAAAAAACAAAAACAAAAUAAAGAGUCAUAGAGCUGCAUGCGUGAGAUUUUUUUUCAGACUUCAUGAUGACAUCAGACUUUUUUAAUCUGGGAGAAAGACAUUAUCAAUAAAAGAAAUAAAUGCAUCAAACUUUUCAUCAAAUUUUCGGCCUUUUUUUUUUAACUGACAAUAUUAUCCUUUAGUUGCUUAGGCCCC